CCAAAAACUCAGUCUUUACUCUCCUCCCUCCAUCCUCAUUCACAGUCAAAACUAAACCACAAAAUGGAUGACGAAGAUCCCCUCACCAACUUCGCCUUCGGAGAUGCCUCUUCAGAUGAAGCCGAUGAAGCACAGGCAACAAAGUCCCGCCGCACAGGACAGUCAGAAGAAGCUUGGCGAGUAGUCCAGAAGGAGUACAAGGCAAAGGUUGAGAACGGCGAUAUUUACCAGAAGGUCAAGCUCCCACUUGGCCAUGACGCCACCAAGAUGGAUAUUCAAGAGGUUAUCCACGCCGUUGAAGAACACUACUUCUUUCACCGUUAUAGAGAAGCUGAGCUACUAGCUGUUGAGGCCUUGAAGGAUGGCCAAGGGCUCGACCGUGACUCUAGACAGUUGCUGGAAGCAUAUAGAGACAGAUGCCACGGGAAACACGAACAAUCCUAAACAUAUUCACACAACCAACAACCAAAAGGAUCCAGACAGUUUGCUUUAUUACGCUGGGUACGCUGGGACUAUCUCAAUUUCUACAAACAUGCCUUAGUCGCUUCCAUUGCCCAUCGAGAGGCUGAUCUCCAAAAUUACCCUUGAAAGCACUCGUUGAAGAACCUUCAUUACAGCGAAUGCCCCAACUACCAGGCCCAAAAGAGAGAUCCUCUACACCAAAUAAGUCACCAGCUUUCCCCAGGCUCUCUGCCCUCGUACAUGGCGGUACCAAGCUCAGUACUUGAUCGGGCCAGUGAAUCUGCCUUGGAAUGUUGCCGGCUUUUUGGCAAAACGUGACGAACCCAAGCCCUUAGGCCUUCCGAGCACAGAGUGGUUGGUUGAAUCCUCCACCUGCUUCGGAUUCUUCUCUUGUUCCGCAGUUGCAACACCAGGGUCCGUAGCAUUGCCAUUCACAGGAAUCUCGCUUGCCUUGGCAUCUCCGAGGCCGGAAGCAAACUCAUGGGAGACUGGCUUGCCAAACAUGUUGAGGCAGGUACGAAUGAUGUCCAGGAGACCCUCUCGCACUUGUUCACCACGCUCAUGCAGGGGACCGUGGCUAAGAGCGUGUUCGAGGAUUUCAUACUCAAUCCCAUCGAUACUCUGACUAGAGUGGUUCCCCAGGGCAGCGACCUGCUCCAGAACCUGGUUUAGCAACUGACUCAGCUGUACGGUUUCAUGCCACAGACUGUGAAUGUUGCUGUUAGCUGGCGCUCCCCAAGUGUCAUCCAUCAUGAUAAGGGGCUCUUGCUCCGCGGUGGGCACCUGAUGAGAUGAAUCGUUGACAACAGGGAUUGAAGCAUCGGACGCCGUUUCCGCAAUGGGGCUGGCGGCCAUCAAGAGGUCGCCGUCGUCCUCCGCCUUGCUUUCCUCAAUCUGAGACUUGUCGCUGUUUUGCUUCUGAUGAUCUAGUAGAGCAUUCUGAAGCUUGAUCAGAUUCAUCUUGAAAUCCUGCGCAUCGCUGACUGUAGCAAAGCGAAGCUUCUCCGAGAAGGGCCUAGUCUUCACUUUGAUGGUACACAAGAGGCCGUCGAGGACUGGCUGCUCAAGUUCGAGAGCAUUGUGGAUUCGGAGGCCCUUAGUGUCAUUUCGAAUCUCUAGAAUGCCGUCGCUCUCUGCGAUGAUCUUGACAGCAAUGUGUGUGACAACACUGAGUGCCUCAGCCUUUCCGGGAAUGAGGUGGCACUUGCUUUUGUACAAGAAGUGUUCCGAUGCAACAAGUUCCUGGGCACCCUCAUCCUGCUUUUUCGUGAUGUGAGUAGCCAGAGGCGAAGGCUCUUCACGAUUGGUUUGAGAAGCUGUCUCCGUAGGUCCCGGGCCCCAUCUCGCUGUGGCCAUAUUAACAUUAUACUGUUCUAUAAUUCUCAUCACACAGGGCUUCUAACCGGGUGUCGUGGGUUUGAACUGAACGGGAGUUCCCCGAGACUGACGUGCAGAGGGCGCUCUACCAGGAGCAGAUUUAGCUGGAGCAUCUCUAUCGAAGGUGUUAGAAGAUCUAAUUGCUGUAGGCAGAAAGACUUACUCGUGAAAUAUGAUGGUCGGAAGUUUCUCUCUUCUCUGGCCUUUUGCCC